CAGAUGUGAGGGGCGAUGAGGAAUACAAGGAGGAGAUCCCUACAGAGACAGAUGUGAGGGGCGAUGAGGAAUACAAGGAGGAGAUCCCUACAGAGACAGAUGUGAGGGGCGAUGAGGAAUACAAGGUGGAGAUCCCUACAGAUAAGAGCCCAGAAUGAAACUCGCAGAAGAUGUUCUGGAACCCAAAGAGCUCAGAGAAAGCCGUAUUCAUGCUCAGAAUGUGGCAAAUGUUUUACUUGGAAAUCAGGCCUUCUUCAACAUCAAAUUCAUCACACAGGGGAGAAGCUGUAUUCAUGUUCAGACUGUGGGAAAUGUUUUACUAGUAAAACACAUCUUAAAACCCAUCAGCGAAUUCACACAGGAGAGAAGCCGUUUUCAUGUUCAGAAUGUGGAAAAUGUUUUACUAGAAAAUCACUACUUGAUAACCAUCACAGAAUUCACACAGGAGAGAAGCUGUUUUCAUGUUCAGAAUGUGGAAAAUGUUUUACGAAAAAAACACAUCUUGAAACCCAUCAGCGAAUUCACACAGGAGAGAAGCCGUUUUCAUGUUCAGAAUGUGGAAAAUGUUUUACUAGAAAAUCACAUCUUGAUAACCAUCACAGAAUUCACACAGGAGAGAAGUCAUUUUCAUGUUCAGAAUGUAGGAAAUCUUUUACUGAUAAAUCAAGUCUUGAGAGCCAUCAGAGAAUUCACACAGGAGAGAAGCCAUUUUCAUGUUCAGAAUGUGCGAAAUCCUUUACUAGAAAGUCAGUUCUUCUUCGACAUCAAAGAAGUCACACAGCAGAGAAGCCGUAUUCAUGUUCAGAAUGUGGAAAGUCUUUUACUCAGAAAGCACAUCUUCAAAGCCACCAGAGAAUUCACACAGGGGACAAGCCAUAUUCAUGUUCCGAUUGUAGGAAAUCUUUUACUGAAAAAUCCAUUCUUGAGAGCCAUCAGAGAAUUCACACAGGAGAGAAGCCAUUUUCAUGUUCAGAAUGUGGUAAAUCUUUUACUCGGAAAUUUCAACUUCAGAGCCACCAGAGCAUUCACACAGGGGACAAGCCGUAUUCAUGUUCAGAAUGUAGAAAAUCUUUUACUGAGAAAUCAAGUCUUAAGAGACAUCGGAAAAUUCACACAUUGGAGAAGCUGUAUUCAUGUUCAGAAUGUGGCAAAUGUUUUACUCAUAAAUCAUUUCUUGCAAGCCAUCAUAGAAUUCACACAGGAAAGAAGCCGUUUUCAUGUUCAGAAUGUGGAAAAAGUUUUACUCAGAAAUCAUCUCUAAAGAGCCAUCAGAAAAUUCACACGGGGGACAAGCUGUAUUCAUGUUCAGAAUGUAGGAAAUGUUUUACUCAAAAAUCAUUUCUUGUUCAACAUCAGAGAAUUCACACAGGAGAGAAGCCGUUUUCGUGUUCAGAAUGUGGCAAAUGUUUUACUCAAAAAUCAUCUCUUGUUCAACAUCAGAGAAUUCACACAGGGAACAAGCAAUUCUGAAUCCUUCCUGUAAAAUAUGCCAUGAAUUUCCAUAUUUUUUCUUGCUAUAAUUUAUAGCGAGAAGACUCAGCUUUGUUAUAAAAAUAUUGCAUAUAUAUUGAAGCAGAAAUUAAAAGAAAAUAUC